AUGGAAGUUUAUAUUGGUGACUACAGUACUGAGCGACGUUUGCAAGAAUUAAGUGAACAGCUUUCUGUGAAUGAUCGACAGGGUCCACCACCAGCGCCUCGUUCUUCAAUUGAUGCAAUGCCCACCAUCAAGAUUACACAAGCACAUAUGCAUACUGGCUCACACUGUCCUCACAACUCAUGCCCUGUUUGCCGCCUUGAGAUGCCUACUCAAGGGACUGAUACUGAUGGUGCUCGAGGUAAUCGAACUAGUGGUGGAGAGAACAGUGGGGGCAGCAGCAGAGACUAUGGCAGCUCUGGUGGUGUUACUCUGAAUAGUCUGCAGAAUCAGGGAAGGAGGAAUGUUAUGUUGCCUUAG